GUGAAGGGCGAUUCUGACUUGGGACUUGAGCACUCCCUGAGACCUGGGCUGAGAGGAGCCAGCAUGUCUCAGUGGAAUCAAGUCCAGCAAUUAGAAAUCAAGUUUUUGGAGCAAGUAGAUCAAUUCUAUGAUGACAACUUUCCUAUGGAAAUUAGACAUCUGCUGGCCCAGUGGAUUGAGAAUCAAGACUGGGAGGCGGCCUCUAACAAUGAAACCAUGGCAACAAUUCUUCUUCAAAAUUUGUUAAUACAACUGGAUGAACAGUUAGGUCGUGUUUCCAAAGAGAAAAAUCUGCUUUUGAUACACAAUCUAAAAAGAAUUAGGAAAGUCCUCCAG